GGUGUCACUCCGAGCGGUGAAUUCGGUGAAUUGAUGCAAGGGGGAAAGUGUGUAGAUAAUGCAGAUUGCAGUGAAGAAUAAACCAUAGAACAAAGUAGAUCUUACCGGCCUUCAAUUUCCUCUUCCUGUAGACUACUGUAAACGUUGCAAUGGCGUCUGGUACUCUAUACACAUACCCGGAGAAUUUCCGUGCCUACAAGGCCCUUAUUGCUGCCCAAUUCUCUGGGGCCCAGGUCAAGAUCGCUGACAAUUUUGUCUUUGGUGUUACCAAUAAAUCCAAGGAUUUUUUGAAAAAAUUCCCCCUUGGCAAGGUGCCAGCUUUCGAGACCAACGAUGGAAAAUGUCUGACUGAAAGUAAUGCCAUCGCAUACUAUGUGGCAAACGAACAACUCAGAGGAAAGACAGAUCUGGAGCGAGCAGAGGUUAUUCAAUGGUUUGGAUUUGCUGAUUCUGAAAUUUUGCCAGCCAGUUGUGCGUGGCUAUUUCCCUUGCUAGGAAUUAUGCAGUACAACAAGCAGGCUGUGGAGAAUGCAAAAGAAGAUGUGAAGAAGGCAUUGACUGCUUUGAAUACACAUUUGCUCACGCGCACAUAUUUGGUUGGAGAACGUUUGACCUUGGCUGAUAUUAGUGUGGCAAUGACACUAUUGAAUCUCUAUCAAUACGUUUUGGAGCCAAGUCAACGCAAGCCUUACCAGAAUGUUAACCGAUGGUUCCAAACCGUUAUCUAUCAACCAGAAUCGAUUGCCGUGAUUGGUGCCUUUAAAUUGGCUGAUAAAGCUUUGGAAUAUGACCCCAAGAAAUUCGCCGAGAGCCAAGGAAAGACGGCCAAGAAGGAGAAGAAAGAGAAGGAGCCCAAGGAACCUAAGGAACCUAAGCCCAAGAAGGAGAAGGAGAGUGAACCAGCAGAGGAACUUGACGCUGCUGAUGCUGCAUUGGCAGCUGAACCCAAGAGUUCCAAUCCAUUUGACGCCAUGCCGAAAGGCACUUUCGACAUGGAAGAUUUCAAACGUUUCUAUUCAAACGAAGACGAAGCAAAAUCUAUUCCUUACUUCUGGGAGAAAUUCGAUCCCGCAAAUUACAGUAUCUGGUUAGGCGAAUACAAAUACAACGACGAAUUGACGAAGGUGUUCAUGUCCUGUAACCUUAUUGGUGGAAUGUAUCAACGUUUGGAUAAAAUGAGAAAGGCUGCAUUUGCCAGCGCCUGUCUGUUCGGUACCGACAAUGACAGCACCAUCAGUGGAAUUUGGGUCUGGCGUGGUCAGGAUCUCGCUUUCUCGCUGUGUCCAGAUUGGCAAAUUGAUUAUGAAUCAUACAGCUGGAAGAAAUUGGAUCCUUCAGCGCAAGAAACGAAGAACUUGGUGAAACAAUAUUUUAGCUGGUCAGGCACUGACAAAGAUGGACGUAAAUUUAAUCAAGGAAAGGUUUUCAAAUAAAAAAACAAAACUCUUUAAUUAGACUUUUCAUAAAUGAGAUCCGUAUAUUGCUGAAAGAAUAGAAGACGAAAAAAAAGAAAGAUACACUCUUAAUACUGUAAAAACACAAAUUUCGAAAAAAACGAACUUACGGAUCUUCCAAGACACAGAACACACACAAACACCCAUUUUAUUCCUCAUUAAUGUCCAAUUCUACAUGUUUAAAUUCUAUUUUGCUACGAGUUUGUCACGCGUAAACUUAAGCUCGAAGUUAUGUCCUCGGUUAUCAUUUAAAUGUAUAAAAAAAAGAAUAGAACGUCUUUUCCUUUUUUUGAUUAUGAUAAUAUUUUCCUUUUUCUCUUCAAUCACAGUUCGUUUAAUCGUUUAGACUGAUCAGUCAAAAAACAGAUCAUAUUCUUUAAUUUUUUUUUCAUUUAUUAGAAGCAGACAAUUAUACUGUGCAAUGUGUUAUUUAUUGUUGAAAACUACAAUUUUGUUUUAGCGACGCAUUCUAUUGAGAUUUGGACGUUUUGUCGAGUGAGACACGUUACGUUGAUUUUAUCGAUCUGCGAUUUUUGUAUGUCAGUAGUGAGAAAAAAAAAAUUAAAUAUCGAAAAGUCUGAAUGGCAUUUAAA